AUGCCCUCGACCACCUCCUCCACCUCCCUCCGGUCGCACUCAUCAGGGGCUGAGCUGGCUCGCGUGCCCCUGUCGUACUCGGCGCUGCCCCAGGCCCCCUCGCCCUUCGACUUUCCCCACCACCAACAGGAGGCCCCAGCCGGAUGGGCUCCCGCACAGGGCAAUGGCUCGCAGCGCGUGCAGGAGCGGGGCGCGGGUCCCCUCAAUGGGACUUCUGCAGGCCGGCUGGAGGGGAAGGGCUACGGCAAGGGCAAGGAGCGCGACUCACACUUUAGCCAAGGCACCACUUUCUCUGAUGCCGACUACGUCGCCUCUGCCAAGGGCGGGUGCUGCAGCGUGCAGUGA